AAAAAGCCUCCCGUGUGGAAAAAUCCGCUACACGGACAUAUGUUUGCUGAAACUCCUGCUGUUUGAUAGUCGUUCAUUUGUAACUAGCCUCCCCGGACACACACACAGAGAACAUGCCCGGACAGAGGUAACCGUACCCGGGCCGUCACUGCCCCCUCAGCCGGCUGAAGGACGGAGCAGAACGGAGAGACGCAGAUGGAGAGGCCGGGCAGGCUGCUGCUGCUGUCCGAGCUCCGCGUCAGAAACGCCGCAUACGACGUGAGCUUGAACCGGUCCCUGCUCACCUGGAAGAGACGGAUCUCCAGCCCGGUGUACCACCCGUUUAGACCAAGUGUGUGUCACUGUGUGUCAGUGUCAGAGAUCAUCUCCGUCAGAGAGGAAGAGGAGGAGAGCAGCAGCAGAAAAACAGAUGAUGGCAGCUGGAAAAAGAUCAAAGAGAGAGAAGGAAAGGACUGCAGGCAGGCCUUCACAGUGUUUUAUGUGGAGAGGUGCCAGCAGCACCGCUGGCGGUGUGCUGAGGUGACCUUCACGUGUCCAGAGGAGGCGCUCUGUCAACGCUGGGUCAGCAGCAUCAGAGAGCAGCUCGCCGCUAUCACCAGCAGACCCAAACACCUGCUUGUCUACAUCAACCCGUACGGCGGGAAGCGACAGGGCAAACGCAUCUACGAGCACAAGGUCGCUCCACUGUUCGCCCAGGCAGGCGUCUCCACGCAUGUCAUCGUGACUGAGUACGCCAAUCAUGCAAGGGACCAUCUGAGGACGGAGGCGGAGCUGAAGAAGUUUGAUGGGGUGGUGUGUGUCGGAGGUGACGGCAUGUUCAGUGAGAUCAUCCAUGGGCUGAUCUGGAGGACACAGAUCGACACCGGCGUAGAUCCAAACUGUGUGGACGAAACUCUGCUUCCCUGCAUGCUUCGCAUUGGAAUCAUUCCUGCAGGUUCAACAGAUUGUAUCUGCUUCGCCACUGUGGGCACCAACGACCCUGUGACCUCUGCACUGCACAUCAUUGUGGGAGACUCUCAGCCGAUGGACGUCUGCUCGGUUCAUCACAACAACACGUUCCUGAGAUACUCCGUCUCUCUGCUGGGAUACGGUUUCUACGGGGACGUGCUAACUGACAGUGAGAGGAAGAGAUGGAUGGGUCCGGCCAGAUACGACCUCUCAGGUGUGAAGAUGUUCCUGACUCAUCAUUACUAUGAAGGAGCAGUUUCCUACCUGCCGGCCAAAGGCAUCAUAGGAACGCCACGGGACGCUGCCAGGUGUCGAUCUGGCUGUUUGGUUUGUCAGCACAAUGGGCAGCUACUUUCAGAGAGAGCUGAGACAUACAAGAUGGAUGAAGCAUCAAACAGCGAGAGUGACGACGAGUGGAGGACAAUCCGAGGGAAGUUCCUGGCCAUUAAUGCUGCCAGUAUGAGCUGUGCUUGUCCUCGCAGCCCCAAAGGCCUCUCACCUGCUGCUCACCUGGCCGACGGCACCACAGACCUCAUCCUGGUCCGAAAAUGUUCCCGCUUUGACUUCCUCAGACACCUCCUUCGACACACCAGCAAAGAUGACCAGUUUGACCUGACCUUUGUGGAGGUCCACCGUGUGCGGCGUUUCCGCUUCACACCGCGUCACUGCCAGAGCGACUCGGACCUGGAGCUGGACCUGCGAGAGACCGGCAAACACCAGAUUUUCAGCCAGAUCUGCCGAGACCACCCGGCAUGCGGCUGUGCCCCCGCCUACAGCAGCUGGAACUGCGAUGGCGAGAUCCUGACUCACACGGCCAUUGAUGUCAGAGUGCACUGCCAGUUGAUCAAGCUGUUUGCACGAGGGAUCGAAGAACCUUUGGUGUUCGAGGAUCUCACCAACCCCUGUGCAAUAUAGACCCUCGCCCCCAUUGUUCCCUGUCAGACACUGGAGUGGGCUAUCUGUUUUCAGCCUCUGCCUAUGUUACUACUGCUGCCACCAUCUCAUGACACUCCUUCACAUUUUUCACAAGUAGACUCGACAGGAUUUACUGAAUCAGCAAUGAGUUACUCAACAAAGAUGAGCGGUAGCCUACAGAAAGAAACGAAACAAAACAAAACUUGGGUCUGAAAGUCCAAAAUGAUUUCCAGACAAGAAGUGAGGUGUAGUUUCUUUGAAUCAUCCGUAACAGCUUUAAAUCUAUUCCUUGGUAACUUGCAGCUGUUUGUAGGACAUAAUAAGGAAAUGAUUGACCUGGAGAGUAAGGCUUCAUCCUCAGGUUCUGGAUUAGUUCUGGGCGAAGCUGUUGGUGUUUUGAUGUGAACAUGGUUGGUGGGUGUCUGGCACCUGAUUUAACUUAAAUAUUGAACUCGGGUCCUAAAACUAAGACCCGUCUUGUUUGAUAAGAUUUUUUUCCCUAUAAUCCCCAGAUCACGACUUGAUGAUCUGGUUACCUUGAGGUUAAAAAUGCUGCCUGUUGCAUGUAAAUGCUCCGUUUUUGUAUAGCGCCUUUCUAGUCUUUUCGACCACUCCAAGCACUUUUACACUACAUCUCAUUCACCAUUCAUUCACUGAGCUCAACAGAAACAAGUGUUUUGCCAGUUGUGUCGAGUGUUUCCUCUCACCAGGGCCUCCACCUCGUAGCUCUUCAUCUUCCUCCUUGUACUUCUGGGGGUUUUCUUCCUGCUAGCCAUGUUGGACCUUAAACAGAUAGCUGCUGUAAGUUGAAAAUGUCAAAGCAACAUGCCACUGCCUAUAGAAUGGCUAUUAGUCUGGUUUUAAUCUCAAGUUUGGUCUCUUUUUAAGUUGACUCAGACUUUUUUCAGGUCACGUUGUUGUUUAGACUUGGUAUUGUCCUGAAUCUGAUUUGUCUCAGUCUUGUGAGCGUUUGUUUUGUCAUGACUCU